AAGAAGAAUAAGAAGGAGAAGAAGACCUUUUCUCAUUUUUGCUCUGUUGUCUACCUUACUGGUCUUCUAGUCACUGAAAAUGAGAUCUAGGUGAUUCCAUGAAAUGGGGCCAAGAGUGAUGAAGAUUUACAGAGCUUGACGAUUUUGGUGAACUGGAGAAAUCCAAAAAUAGGGUUAAGAGUGAUGAAGAAAGCCACAGCUUGAUGUUUUUUAUGAGUUGGGUAAUUCUAAAGCUUGAUUUCACUGAAUUCAGUGAGGUGAGGAAGACAUAGAAGCCGAAGGCAGAGGAAAUCUAAGAUUCUAAGGUCCCUCAGAAGACUGAGGGAUGGAUAUGAAUGAGCAGAGGAAAGAUGCCUUACAUGAUUGGGCUUCUUGCAUUGCUCCAACAACUCCAUACAGGCCGCUUCUCCCAAAACUUUCCCAGCAACAUAGACACCAUGAAUUUUUUAUGCCCCCAAACAAAUUCCCGUUUGCUUUACCACCCAUUGAAGGGAAUAAUGGAGCUGGACUUGGUGGUGCUGGCAACACACUCGAGAUGUCGAGAGAGGUUCCUUGUAUAGAUCUCCUGGCCCUUGCGCAUGCUGCCUCUAAUGCUGCAGAUAAAAAUGUUGUCAUGCAUGGACAACCUCAGUAUGAUUUUCCCUGCCAUCUUCCUUAUGAUUUGAAUUCACUACCUGCGACCACCUAUGGCCAAUUUGCGCCCAUAACACCAGAGAAGGCAAGCUCGAAUGCAGAUUAUAGAAAAAACCAGCAAAUAGAAGAGCAGAUGAAUGCUGGUGCUACCACAUGUGAAAUCUUUGAGCAGAGAAAUAAUAAAGAUGUAGCAAACCCUGCUACAGACUCUUCACAUGUUACUCCUUCGACACAGCUCCAGGAGAAUAACAUCAUCAAGGAAGGGGACAAUAGCAUUGACUUGAAUCAGACACCACAGCUGAAACAAAGGAGGAGAAAGCACAGGCCCAAGGUUAUUAGAGAAGGCAAACCAAAGCCGCCUCCAAAACCUCCUGCUACUAAGGAAACUCCAGCUAGAAGAAAGUAUGUGAGGAAGAAUGCACUAGACAAAAAUGCAACUCCUCCCCCACCAAAGGAACUUGGAGAGUGUACAGAUUCAACUAAACGGAAAUCUACCAAGAGAUCAUGCAGAAGGGUGUUGAAUUAUGACAUGGAAGAUCCAGGAGAUGACAUAUCCUCAUGCAGGUCCUUAAAUUCAGGUUCAGACUCACAGGUGCAUAAUUCUUGCACCAAUGGAGCAUCAGAAUCAACUGUGCAGCUCAGAAAUGGAAUUAAUUCAACGCAAUCUCCAGCCACACCGUAUCCUGCCAGAAAAAGUUCCAUGGAGGCAAGAGAGUAUGCUGAUUGUCAAAACAACACUGCAGAAGGAAAAGCGACAGUGAGAGAUCAAAUUGGUUAUAAAAAUGUGUUGGAUGAUGAAAUUAGAUCCUCUUUACAAAGGCCAAAUGACUCUAACUGCAGCUCAUCCAUGAUUCUGACACAAGAUAAUGAACUGAAUGGAUCCAAGAGAAAAUAUUCUAGUGCUGUUGAGCAGACAGAGUCCAGGCCCCGAAAUUUUCUCGGAGUUCACUACAAUAAUAUGCCAGCAUAUGAGAACAUGAUGUCUUAUAUGCAUUUUCCAUACAUAUACAAGAAGAAGAGGACUGAUAAGGCAUAUACUUCUAUCAUAUCCAGCACAUCAUGUCGUGUGACUAUGGCAGAAAAUGUUUGGAGACAAUCAGAACUGCAAGAUGUUGAGACUAUACUGCCUUCAUAUCAGACACAGAGUUCAAAAAGGAGAAGAUCAAAAGCUCCAACACGGGUUCGUGACUUGGCUUCUCUAAUUAGAACACCAGAACACAUGCUGCUCCAGAGUACCUGUCUCACCAAACCACCAGCUGAUGGUAAUGGGCAAAGAGCUAUGAACUGUAACUCAACUCAGACAUGCAUGGAUGCCCUAGUCACUGAAGUGGGUGCCACACUAGCAAAGAAAAAGAGAACAAAGAGAAGUACUGUUAUCAGUACACACCGAAGUCUUGUGCUAUACAAGAACCAACCAUUUCUUUCUGGAUCAUCAGGUGUUCCACCAGAAGUAGCAUGCACGCAAAUACUUUCUGUUGAUGCUAUUACUGAUCAAUUAAAAUGUUUGAACAUAAAUAGAGAAAGCAGCAAAUUUGCAUAUCAUGGGUAUAAUGUUGUCUAUAAUACACAAAAGCAAGAGAACAAUGCGUUGGUUCUUUACAGAAGAGACGGCACUGUUGUACCAUUUGAGGGGGCGUUUGAUCCUAUCAAGAAACGCCGGCCACGACCUAAAGUUGAUCUUGAUGAAGAGACUGAUAAAGUAUGGAAGCUGCUGAUGGAUAACAUCAACAGUGAAGGCGUCGAUGGAACGGAUGAACAGAAAGCAAAAUGGUGGGAAGAAGAGCGUAGAGUAUUCCAAGGUCGUGCUGACUCUUUUAUCGCACGAAUGCAUCUUGUGCAAGGAGAUAGACGCUUCUCUCCAUGGAAAGGAUCAGUUGUGGACUCGGUGGUAGGAGUUUUUCUGACUCAAAAUGUAUCAGACCAUCUGUCUAGCUCUGCAUUCAUGUCGCUCGCCGCACGUUUUCCCCUGAAGUCAGUGAACAACCAAACUGCAUCCGAUGAAAAAGUUGCAAGCUUAGCAGUAGAUGAACCAGAAGUGUGCAUUAGUGAGAUUUCAAACCAGCCACUUUGUGAUUGUAGUUCCGUAACAUUCCAUGACACUGAGCAUAGUGAAGAAAAAGUUGUCAACAGCAAUGAGAACACAGAAAUUACUAGUGAGGGAGUUAUCUCUACAAGUGAACCUGACUGCAAGAUAACACAUUCAUUGGUCAACAGAACAGCAUCAGAAUGUUACAUAGAGGAAGACUUGAGAACAGGAUAUGAUACAGUUUCAUCUCAAAAUUCUGUGGAUUCUUCAACUUCUCACACUGUGGAAAAAACAGGAUCAUGCGAGAGCAACUCAGAGACAGAGGAUGCACCUAAUUCAUGUCAAAAUGGCAGUUUGGAUCAUUCCACAUUGUUUUUACAGAAGGUCGAAGUCCACAGUGUCAGAAGCAGCCAUUUGUCAUCUCAUGAAAAUUUGAAUUGUGAACUUCAUGAGCCCAUAUGCAUGCAGCAUGACAACGAAAGAAAAUAUAUAGAGAGCGGUGGAGCAUCCCAGGACCCUUCCAAUAAUUGCUGUGUACAUAAUACCUCCAACCCAGAAGUAGUGCAAGUUGAGUGCUCUGAAUUGAUUGAAGAGGUAAUCCAUUCUUCUAAUAUUUUCAAGAACAAUUACGAAGACAGUCUGGGGGAACAGAGUGUACUAACAGCAGAAUCUGUGAGUCAAGAUACAACAAGUAUUAAGCUUACUGUCAAUGAUCAAGAUGCACAGAGAUGUUUCAGUGAAUCAUGCACUUGCAUUCAAGGAAAAAGUAAUGUGGUUCUGUCUCAAUUCAGGGUUGGUGGGAACCCAAAUAAGGUUUACGUACCUACUGAGAAGCACACAAAUAAGAUUCAGCAAAGUUGCAACAUUUCUGGAGAGACCGCAGAUAUUAUGCAUAAGGGACCUGAGUCAGAUUUAAGCUUCAACGAAGUCAGUAAAAAGGAUGCUGCUACCUCAAAGACAAAGAACAGAAGACCUGGAAAAGACAAAAAGGCUCAGCAGGACUGGGACAAAUUAAGAGAACGAGCAGAACCAAACGGAAGAAAAAGGGAAAAAACAGCAAACACAAUGGAUUCCGUGGACUGGGAAGCUGUAAGAACUGCAAAUGUGAAUGACAUUGCCCAAACUAUCAAAGAAAGGGGGAUGAAUAAUAUGCUUGCAGAAAGAAUCAAGGAAUUCCUUAACCGACUACUUAGAGAACAUGGGAGUGUUGAUCUUGAAUGGUUGCGGGAUGUUCCACCUGACCAAGCAAAAGAGUAUCUGCUGAGCUUCCGUGGACUGGGGCUAAAAAGCGUGGAGUGUGUGAGGCUUUUAACACUUCACCAUCUUGCUUUUCCGGUCGAUACAAAUGUUGGACGUAUAGCUGUACGGCUGGGAUGGGUACCUCUUCAGCCCUUGCCCGAGUCACUGCAGUUGCAUCUUCUAGAACUGUACCCGGUGCUGGAAUCCAUACAGAAGUACUUGUGGCCAAGACUCUGCAAGCUUGACCAACGAACCUUGUACGAGCUGCACUACCAGAUGAUAACAUUUGGAAAGGUCUUCUGCACGAAAAGCAAACCGAAUUGCAAUGCAUGUCCAAUGAGAGGAGAAUGUAGACAUUUUGCAAGUGCAUUUGCAAGUGCAAGACUUGCCUUGCCAGGGCCCGAGGAGAAAAGCAUAGUGAGUGCAACACAAAAUAGAAAUAAGUAUCGAAACCCUGGUGAGAUCAACAACAGAAUGCCUUUACCUAUCCCUCUCCCUCUCCCUCAUCCUCACCCAACAGAACAGUUGGGAGGAAACCAGCAACUUGAAGCAAGCCAACAAUCAAGACCAAAGUCUGCACUUGGUUAUACUGAACCUAUUAUUGAAGAGCCAGCAUCCCCAGAACCAGAGUGCACAGAGAUAGUAGAAGACAUUGAGGAUUUCUACGAGGACCCAAAUGAAAUUCCUACAAUUAAACUUAACAUGGAACAGUUCACUCAGAACUUGCAAAAUUAUAUGCAACAAAACAUGGAACUUCAACAAGGAGAAAUGUCAAAGGCAUUAGUUGCUCUAACACCAGACGCUGCAUCUCUUCCUACACCAAAGCUUAAGAAUGUGAGCCGACUACGAACUGAGCACCAAGUCUAUGAACUUCCUGAUUCACACCCUCUUCUAGAUCGAUUGGGGAUGGAUAAGCGCGAACCUGAUGAUCCAUGCAAUUACCUUUUGGCCAUUUGGACACCAGGUGAAACAGCAAACUCCAUUCAACCUCCAGAGAAUAGGUGUAGUUCUCAAGAAUUCGGAAAAUUGUGUGACGAUAAGGAAUGUUUCCAAUGCAAUAGUGCACGGGAAGCAUAUUCACAAACAGUUCGAGGGACUCUCUUGAUACCAUGCCGAACAGCAAUGAGAGGGAGCUUCCCACUUAACGGCACCUACUUUCAAGUUAACGAGGUAUUUGCUGAUCAUGAUUCGAGCCUUGAGCCUCUUGAUGUUCCAAGAGGCUGGUUGUGGAAUCUGAAUAGGAGAACUGUGUACUUCGGAACCUCAAUACCGACAAUAUUCAAAGGGUUAACAACACCAGAAAUUCAACAGUGCUUUUGGAGAGGAUUUGUGUGCGUGAGGGGAUUUGAUCAGAAAUCAAGAGGUCCACGUCCUUUAAUGGCCCGGCUGCACUUCCCAGCCAGCAGGUUGGCCAAACCAAAAGACAAGAAAGAGGAGUAGCCAUUCCAAAAUUUUCAAAGAAGCAUGUCUAAAGAGCACCAGAGAAAUCAAGAUUGAGUGGCAGCUGAUUCAGCUAUUGUAAAUCGGCUUGUUGAGAAUAGAAGAAAAAAAAGGGUAGUUUUAGUUUAAGUUGUAUCCUCACAUGAACAAAGAGGGAUUUAGCCAAUUUGUAAAAACAGCCAGCAUAAUCCAAUAGAUGUCAUGCAGUUUUAACAUAAUUGCUAUUUGCUUUGAGCAAAGUGACCGAAGAUUGUAAGCUUUAAUAGAUUAGAAAAUGGUGCAGGGAGAGCGAAAUACAGUGCACAAAAGUUUCUUCUGGCAUUCUGAAAGUAAUAAAAAGCUCAUAGCAUUUCC